AUGGUUGGUCCAUAUUGGAACACAGAAAACGGCAAAGCAUCUAUGAGUGACUAUGAGUGGACAUCAGCAAGCUACAAUAUCGAUGCAUGGCUUUGGGGAAGGAAGACAUUCGACGCAGUCCUCCCAUCGACAGAGAACCCACCUGUCAAUCCUGACGAAAAAGAAUGCCCAGAUGGCGACUACUACGCUGUCACAGAUGCGAAAGCAUACGUCGUCGGAAUCGAUCCAUCAGGAAAGCUCCCAUGGGACAGAAACACGAUCAAGUUCAACGAGCGCCCUGAAGCACACGUGAUCGAGAUUUUGACUGAGAAGGCGUCACCGCAGUACAAGAACUUGCUCAGAAGACUCAACGUUUCUUACAUCGUCGCAGGCAAGGAAGACGUCGACUGGAAGACAGUCAUGUCAAAGCUUAAGAAAGACUUCCACAUCAACGUCCUCUCAGUCGAAGGCGGAGAGGAUGAUCAACUGGAGCGUUUUGAAAGCUAA